UUUACUCGUAAACCGAGAUCUGAAAGAAAAAAAGUGAUUAUUUUAGCAAAGGAGAUAGAGUCACUCAUACAGACGAUACAUAGUGGUGCUUGUCCAUGGCGAUCAAAGCGGGGAGGGUUUUGAGAACGGCUACUGCUGUGGCGAAGAAGGUCCAUCAGAAACAGUUCUCAGCUGCAUCGUCCGCAUCUACUACACCCACACCGCCUGUUUCUUCAUCUUCCGGUGUUGGAUCAUUUCUGGGUAUUCUCAAGGAACCUCGCUCUGAAUCCGAUUUAUUGAUCUCCCAGUACAUCAGACUCUGCCAG